UGUAUGAUGCAGUGCACAAAGUUAAAAGUUAACUACUGUUUUGACAAUUUUUAUUUCACUUAUUUAUUUAUUUUUCUUGUGGAAAACAUUAAAGAUCCAUUUUGGUGCUUAAAACUUUUGAUAUGUUCUUCAGAACCUUUAAGAAGCAUUUCUGGAUUUUAUUUAACUCGGAAACUGUUACUAUAAUUUUUACUGCUGUCUUUAAUGGUUUCCAGUCUGUACUGACAUUUAAAAUGAAAUACCAUACAAAACAGGGGGAGUGGAUUAAUCCCAGAGAAACAAAUCCAUUUUCAGGUGAGCUUAAACACUGGAAAUAAAAUGUCUAAGACUAGGUAUUUUAAAAUGUAUCUUAAAUUUGGAUCUAUGAGAAAAGAUACAACUACACUUAACCCCAUGGGAUUCCAGCCAGCUACCUCCUCUCCUCCUGCUGUGUGCGGCUCCAGGAUCCGCUCCACAGCUAACAAGACAACAGUUUCACUUAACCAUUUCCCGCUAGGCUGCUCUAUGGCAACAGUGCGAUUUGUGCAGCAUGACAGAAGGCUCUGCCAAAAAUAAAGACUCAACCACGUGAGGCUCUGCAGCUUUUUGUUUGCGCUUUUGGCAGCACAAAGACACAAUCUGAACAAUAAUAAGCACAAAACCGGCAAUGUGGGAUUAAAAUUCACAAGAUGAUUUAGGAUUUAGCCUAUUCGUGUCAUGCAUCCCAUUUAUCACGCACAUUCUAGCGCGCGACAUUAUUUAAAAUAAAAAGUUGUAAAACAUGCAUUUGAAUAAAUUCAUCCACAAACAGCAAAACAUAAACAGCCAGAGGCAACCCCCCCUUCUCCCUUCCCCCACUCCUCCCCCAUCCUUCCCUUUUUUCCUCCCCUCCGCCUCUGGAUUGUGCGUCAGGAGCGCAUCCAGGACGGCACCGGGGGUCUUCCCGCUGCUGCCCGAUGGAGCCGCGCUGAGCAGGAUCCAGGUCCGUCCGGCCCGCAACAGACCACCUCGAGGAUCCCGCAGGAGGGAUCUCUGAGCCGCCGCUGGAAGCCGCGCGAGGAGGAGGAGGAAGAAGAAAGAAGAAGAAAUUCCACCAUCCAAACUUGUCCUAUAUCUUUUCCCAGGAGAGUUCGGGGAUUGUUUUCAACAUGCACCCUCCCAAGACCUCAUCCAGUCAGAUUUGAGGGUGUUUUUUUGUUCUGGAACAGCAAAGAUGGGAUCGGUGGGUGCAGAACGCCGCAGACCCACGCCGGUCCAGACACCAGAGGAAAGGGAUGUGUGGAGGGAUGGAGGAAGAGCCGGAUGGCGGGAUGCAGGGAGGGAGGGCUGGAUGGAGGGAAGAGAGAGCGGUGUGGUUCAGAGCUACAGCUUUGAUUCGUACCAGCUGGAGGAGGAGGAGAUCAGUAAAGACGCCCCGGAGCGAGGAGUUCUGGCUCUGUCCGAGCCUGACUUUGAAGAACCGAUCCCUGACGACCGUUACCAUGGCAUCUACUUUGCAAUGCUAUUGGCUGGAGUUGGUUUCCUGCUCCCCUACAACAGCUUCAUCACUGAUGUGGACUACCUCCAUCAGAAGUUUAAGGGAACAUCUAUAGUGUUUGACAUGAGUUUGACGUACAUCGUGGUUGCUCUGCUGGCCGUCAUCCUCAACAAUGUUCUGGUGGAGAGACUGAGCAUGCACACCAGGAUCACUGUAGGGUACCUUUUGGCCCUGGGGCCGCUGAUCUUUGUCAGUGUGUUUGAUGUCUGGCUGGAAAGGUUCACCAUCAAGCAGGCUUACGUGAUGAACCUUUUGUCAGUGGGAGUGGUGGCUUUCGGAUGCACAGUGCAGCAGUCCAGUUUCUAUGGUUACAUGGGGAUGCUGCCCAAGAGGUACACUCAGGGAGUGAUGACUGGAGAAAGCACAGCCGGGGUCAUCAUCUCUCUAUCCCGCAUCUUCACCAAGCUGCUGAUAUCUGAUGACAAAAAGAACACAUUGAUCUUCUUCCUGGUCUCCAUCAGUAUGGAGCUGCUAUGCUUCCUGCUUCAUCUAGUUGUCCGGCGCUCCAGAUUUGUCCGCUACUACACCAGCCAUUCCCAGGGAAAAGGGCUGGAAAAGUGUCCAGAUCCACGGGACAACGGGACCGGAUACAGGGUUCACCAUGACGUGACUGCAGAUGAAGUGAGAUUUGGAAACGGGGUGACCGGGACCGGACCGUCCUCCACAGAAGAAGGUCUUGAAGACUUUGUUGGAGGCACCUAUGUGCGAUUUGAUGCCCCAAAAGCAAAGAUGAGAAGAAGCUGGCCUGGAGUCAGAGACAUGAUCUUGCAUCGGUACGUGGUGUCCCGCGUCAUCUGGGCCUACAUGCUGUCCAUCGCCGUGACCUACAGCAUCACCCUGUGCCUGUUCCCCGGGCUCGAGUCAGAAAUCAAGAAUCCCACUUUAGGGGAGUGGCUCCCCAUCCUCAUCAUGGCCACGUUCAACAUGUCAGACUUUGUUGGAAAGAUUUUGGCAGCGCUGCCGUACGACUGGUCUGGAGGCCGGCUGCUCUUCUUCUCCUGCCUGAGGGUGGUCUUCAUCCCACUCUUUGUCAUGUGCGUGUAUCCAGCCAGCGCGCCCACGCUGUCCCAUCCCGCCUGGCCGUGUCUGUUCUCCCUCCUCAUGGGAGUCACCAACGGAUACUUUGGGUCUGUGCCGAUGAUCCAGGCUGCUGGCAAAGUGCCACCUGAACAGAGAGAGCUGGCAGGAAACACCAUGACGGUCUCUUACAUGACAGGCUUGAUGGUGGGGUCUUCUGUGGCGUACGCAGCCUACAGCUUCACCGCUCCAGCAGCAGGAGCUCGUUUCUCCACACUCGACGCUCUUGCAUCCUACAACAACACAGGGUUUUGAACUCCUGCUGCUGCUUUUCUGCACAGACCCACACAGAGGAGCUUUUCACAUCUGUAGCAGCUGCAGAGACAAAAAAAAAAAAACUGCUUUUGUUUUGGAAAAUAAAACCCAACAUUUUCCACAGUUCUCAUUCGGCAGUCUGAUGAUCCAGACAGUAACAAUAAGGAUGCAGGAGCAUCAUCCGACAUCUAACCUGCAGCAUUUAUGUGAGCAAACACGUAAAAUAUGACAUUCUACUCAGCUGCAAUGACUGGACCCAUUGUUGCUGAAUAUUCCUGAAAUCCCAGAGUGAGGAAAAAGGUGCAAAAAAUUACAGGACCUCUGUAGACAAUAAGGUUCAUGCAUGGUUGAUUAUUUGUUGUCUGAUCUUCUGAAUGCACCAAUCAGAAGAAACAGGGAUGUUCAAGAGCAGUCUCUACAUUUAUGUUGUUGUGUCUGUGUGAGCAUGACUGAAUGUUUGAGGGAAGUAAGCUCACAGUUUAAACAUAAACUCUCUGUUCCCUGAAAGGAUUCUUUAAUCUAAAAUCCUCCUGUGGUGAAAUUAAGUCAAUUCAUUUUAAAAUGUAUGCAUCAAAAUAUCCCCCUAGAAUGAAAAAAAUAAAUAAGCAAAGGAAAAAUCUUUAUUUUUGACAUCUUUUUUUUUACAAAGUUUAUCCUCAAUAGCAGAAUUGGUCCUAAAUUGGUCGAGCUUCACAAACGGGAACAGAAAAACAAGCAGAUUUAUUCAGAGAGUAUGCAUAUUAUUAUAAAAGGAAAAUGUGCAGUGAAGAGCGACGUGCAGGAGUUCUCUUUGGUCAGCAUUUCUGCAGCUGUGAGCAGCAGAGGGAUGGUGGAUGACCAAACUUUGUAGUCAGCAACAUUUUUCUACCUGCAUUUUUUGAUUGACUGUUUUUACACAUUUAAAAUAUUUCAUUUGUUAUAAAGCAAAAGAAAGUUCACAUUUUUCAUUUCAGAAAUUUCGUUUUUUUUAUUCUGAUUAACAGUCUUUCACUAAUUUUUGUUAUAUUUCUAUAAAACCAAAAUGUUUCUUCCUCUUUUUCUGUUUUUGUCAUCUUGUCUGGUCAGGUUUCUGUAUUUUGUGUUUUUGGCGCCACCAUGAGGAGCCAGGAAGCCUUGAUUCUGGGAGCUUUGGUUCCGGCAGGUCUUCUCCGAAGGUUUUGUGAAUAUUCAUUGCAGAAAAAAAGCUUAUUUUUGUUAUUUUAAUUUUUGGGCUGCAGAGCUCAAAUCUGAUUGGACAUUUAUGAAGAUAAUAUGAAUUUAUAAAAAUUUCAUCCAUUCUGCUUCCCGAAGGCUUCUAGUUCUUCAAAAUUCUCAGCACCAUAGAGAAAUGUUGACAGAUUUUUGAUCAGGUUAAAUAUUUGUAACAAAAGCUCAAGAUUUGUUAAUUAUUAGGAUUAUUAUUCCCUAUUUUAUCUGUCUUGAAAUUUACAAGGUUUGGUCAAAAAUACGUUUAUUUAACCUUUGCAGUUUCUUGUCACCUGUGCAGGUGGAUGAAGAAUGUUUAUAUGUGUCUGCUGUGUGUUCAGUCGUUUCUGGUGUAAAAAUACAGGUUUUGUGUUUAAAACAAACAAAAAAAAUAGAGCCAAAAACAUCAGAAAAGUGAAUGUAAAAUUGUAAAAAUACAAAUGAAAUGCACUCCAUGCAGCUCAGAGCUUUCAUUUUCUCAAAUGCAAAGUCUGACUUACUACUGAAAGGCUUCUCCUGGUUUGAUUUGCUCUCAAAUGCUGCAUUUUUCAGUAAAGUGAAGGACGGUGGAGUUCGGAUUUAACACGAUGGAGGAAAAAAAGAAAAACAAAGCAAGGCUGAUGUCUGCACCUAGGAACACAAGGCUGCAUUGUGGGAAUUCUCCUCAUUGCUGUUUGAAUGUCCUUCAUUUGUCGAGGCCUCUGAGGGAGGGGCCAGAGCUGUUAUUUUUGGUCUAAUGUGUUUUUGAAGGACGUGAUAACUCAAACGGGAGCAGAAAUCGCACCUCAGAUGCUUAAAGAUGCUGGAAGGCAAACCCUCCACGCUGGAGUAGGGAAGCAGGCUGAGUGUCCAUCUGUCAGACAGAGUCAGUAUGUUCCCCCAAAUGUUUAAGAAGCUUCCCCAGGAGAGCCAAAUCAUCUCACCAGAUCAAGGAGAAGCUGUUUCUGAAACAGAUACGACAAGAAGAUGAAGUCAUUCUUCACAGCUUGGUGUAGAAACAAGAAAACAAGUUUUUCAUGCCUCAGAAAAUGAUGCAUAUUGACGAGUUAACUCUAAUUUACCCAUUAACAAUACCCCAGGGGAAAAGAAAUGACUCCAUGAUGCAGCUUAUCUUUAACAUUUCCCAAACUUCCUGUUUCCAACGUUAAAUUUAUCUCUGAUCUGCAAGAACACGUCAUUUCUCACCACUGGUAGCAGCGAUGAGAAACCUUCUGAACAUGUGACUGCACACUGUGAACCGCUGAAGGAAAACGAUGCUUUGUGCCAACUCUAUAAAGAUGGGUUUAAAAAAGAAGCCUUAACGGACCAAAAAUGUGUGUCACAAAUGAUCAGCGCUUCGCCCAAAAAGUCUGAUGCUCUCACCAGGGAACUCAGGAAAAGAUGCAAAAUGUGCACAUCCAGCUCUUUGUGCCAAUUUUUCAUAAGAAAAGAAAAGUUAUCCAGAGUUUUAAAAAGGUGGUGUAUAUAAUUCAGCCAAAGUAUGUCCUUUUUUUGAGUGUCAUAGUGACAAAAUGUCUGAAAACACGAGCUUGAACUGUGAUUUACUUGAUUAUUUAUCUGAAAUGUAGGAGCCAUGAAUACCUUGUUCCCUUAGCAAUGCUCAAUAAACAGCUGUCUUCACCUAC